AGGUAUUUGUUGACUCGUCAAUGUGAGAUCUCACUUCCUCAGAAGACCAGCCGUGCUUGUAGAACAAAGAGGUUCCAGGAACUUAGGAAAAAGAAGAAGAUAUGGGAUUUGCAGAAAAGCAAGUGGGGAUUCGCUCUGCUGGACGUGGAGGAUCCGUGGUCCUUCAUAGCUAGAGCUUUUAUCGAUCCAUUUAGAAGAUUCUACAUAGAGGGAUAUCUUCAAACUGUUCUUGUGAGCGAUUUAAGUGGGGCCAUCUACAGAGGUCUGGUCAACAAUAUUACAAAAAAGGAAAUUAGCCACAACUAUAACUACCGGGUUUUGUCAAAGUACUUCGAGUUGGCUGCCAAACUUGGAGGGGUAAGCUUUUUUUGUUUUGUUUUUCAUGUUUAGUUUUUGUUUGCUUGUUUGUUUUUUUCUUUUUGUUACCCAUUUUUUUAAGACAAAAAAUAGCAAAUUGUUUCAAGGUAAUAAAAUGGAACUCAAGAAAAAACAGUUGUGAUUAUACCCGCCUCCUUCGCGCCCCUGGCGGGCUUAAAAAAUUAUGGUGGUAGCACAUUGGAAUCUGAAGUAUGGUUGUGGAGGAAAGGGCAAUACCUGAGCCCCCAGAGAAGAAAAGAUAGCAAACCCAACCUGCAUAAAGCUGUCUGUAGUGUCCGUUCAUCUGUGUGUCUGUACAUUAUUCUGUCUGUCUAGUUUCUGUCUGUAUGUCCGUCUGUCUGUCUGUCUGCCUUUCUGGCUACAUACAGCCUCAUCCACUACAGCUCUUAAAUGUCUCAAGCUUGCUUGCUGUGGGGUCAAUUAUGAAAAUCAUUUAUUUUGUUUCAUAAGAAUAGACAUAAAUAUUCUCAUAUGGUUAAGAAAUAUCAACUUAAAACGUAUAAUAAAAUCUCGAAUCCUAAAGUGAACAGUAAGCAAAUAACUGUAAAAAGAACCUAACGGUCAUUGACAAAUAGAUGUUCGUUUUCGUGAAGAAGUCAAGGUAACCACAGAUAAAACAGGCUUAUGCCCAAGAAGAUUUCUAAAACUCUUGACGGAUGUUUUUAUUGUUGUCAUUGUUCGGGCUUGUUUUAGGAGGUUGCGAUGCGAGCGUCCGAAUACGAACCAUUUAUUGACGACAAAAAGGAAUGGAUUAGUGACAAGUACUUCACUCAACAACGUUUGGCAGGAGUCAAUCCAAUGUCUUUGAGACGAGUAACUUUCCAUGCCCUCUCUGAAGGUCAGUGAUUCCCUUUGCCUCUCUGCCUCUAUUGUUCACGGAAACAAGAAUUAAGGAAAACUAAAUUCAAGGAACAAGGGUUGGAACUCUUAAGUAAAAUAGACUUGCAGGAAAACUUUGAGUGGGGUGUAAAAUAAUGAGUUAUAUUAUUUCAUGUCAUUAAGUUUCACUUUCAUACUUAUAUGUCAAUCCCUCAGAGCCGGUAGGACUGGAUUGGAAUGAACUUAAGGAAAAGCUGAACACUGAUUUUGACUGGGAAACUGCUGUUCAAAGAGCCUUGGGUAACGAAGAGGCGAUAGAGAAGGUGUGUUUUCUUAUAUUUGUUAGCAUUUGUUGCUAGUUUUUACUGUACUAAGUACAUCAACUAACGUGAACAUUAAGUCCGAUUUAAUAAUUUAAUUCCGCUUUAAUUUGUUUCUCACUCUUCCUUGACUCCUUUUAAGGUUAUUACGCAGGGUCGCAUUUAUGCCCUUCGUUACGAGCUGUGCGACGACUUGCCCAAAGAAAAGGACCUCACGGAUAGUGAUCCAAAAAGGACCAUGUGGAAAACCCUUUCUCCAAUUGCUCUGUUUGUAUCUACACCGGACUUUGUAACGGAACAUAAUAAUCUUGUUCCUGUGGCUAUUCAAAUGGACCACACCCCCGGUAAGGGACAUUUUCUUUGGUCUUCCUUCUACCAACACUUAAUUUACCUGCCGUAAACGUCUGUUUUUAAGCCCCUCCCCCACAAAUAAGCCCUCCCCCCUGAUAUAGGCCCAACUACCUGUAAACAAAAAUAUACAUACAAUUAUAAGCUCUUAUCCGAAGUGCUUAAAAAAGAAAGAAAAGCCUGAAAGAAAAAAUUGCUUUCACAAAAGUUAGUAAGACGAGCUGGUAUUGCGCCAACAAGUUUGGUUAAAAAAAAAAUAGAAUUGCGCUGGUCAGUAAUAAAAAUGUGAUCUGUUUUUUGCCUGCAGGUCAUGUGAUGUUCUCAAGGGUAUUUGCCUUUGCCUCUGUUAAACAAAGCUUACAUAUGCACGUGAAAAAGUAGAAAUUUGACAGAAACAGUUCCCAAAGGAACAAUAACAUGGCAUUCACCUGGGAAAAUGUAAUUGAUAAAAGCUAAAAAGAUCCAAAAACCACAGAACACAAAAGAGGGAAAAGAAACAAUACAAUAUUUGUUGAGCUGUUGACUUGAAUUAAACUAACAUAGUUUUUUUUUUUCUUCUUUCUUCUUUCUUUCUUUCUUUUUCUAGACUCACCGGUAUUUACACCCGAAGACGAAGGCAACUGGAUGAUGGCUAAACUGAACGUUCAAGUCACAGAUCUUGGAUACGCACAAAUAGUAGAACAUCUUGCUAAGGUAAAAUGAUAAAAUUAUUCUGUAAUAGAUAAUCACCUCUACCAAAAAUUGAAUUUUAGUUUUUAUUCUCGCGUCAGGCGUAGCGUGUGAAGGUGAGAGGUUCGGCAUCCUUACCUAUGAUAGUUGAGUGUAAUGGGUCUUCAAUGUCUUACUUUUACAAUUUUGGGUGAUAAAUUUCUCUGAAUAUAUCAACUGUGUUAAACGACACAAGAUUGAAUCUUUUAGGACGAUUACUAUUUAGAUGUUAGUCCAGCUUCUCUCCUAUUUUGUCGUUAUCUAUUGAUUGGUUUGGAUUUUUAGAGGAGCAACACGCAAGCCUAGCCUGCGCGCAGACGAAAUUAAACUCUGGUUAACUCCGUCUGCGAAACAGCGCCGAAAUCCUUGUUCUGGACUUCCAGCUGUGUACCCAGAAUUGAGUACGCACCACGAUUGGCCAGUUAAAAUGGCCUUUGUUUUGUUUGUCGUGAUCGCCAAUCAGGUUGAAGGGAAAUUCGAAACGCACUUCCGGUAAUUCGUUGAGUCUGUUGGGGGUUCAGAACAAGGAUCUUUGCGCUGCUUCGCAGACGGUACUAAUCAGAGUUUAGUUAUCGUCUGCACGCAGGCUAAAUGCAAGCGCGAAGCGCGCGCAUGCCGAGCAAGAUUUUUAACGAGCAAGAAAAUUUGGUUGACUGACCAUUCAAGAAAUUUUGGUACUCACGUGACCGUUCGUCCGUCCGCAUUGCAGGGAACCAAUGUAAUUUCUCACACUUUCCGAGCUAACUAGUGAGGGAGCCUGCAACCUGAUAUGGCACAUCCAGAAUUUAAUGAAUUGACAGCUGUCAAAACAGGGUAUGCGCUGACCAGCAUCGAAUAAUCGUAUCGUGGGCUCAGGUUGUGGAGAAGCAAAUGCCUACAACGAUGACUAUUCCGAACCUCUGGCUCUUUUCUACCUUUAUUAAUCUCUUGUUUAAAUAAUAUAUUAGGAGUACAAUAAUUUUCUUCCGAUUAACCAUUUAAUUUGGAGGUUUACGUAUUCCUAUUGUUCAAGGUUCAUUUCCUGAUGGAACCAUUCUGUGUUGUACUGCGACGCACCUUAUCUUCUCGGCACCCGUUGUAUCAAAUACUACAGUAUCACUGUCGAGAUGUUACAGUACCGAACACAAUCGGAGCUCCUGUUCUUGUUGGCGAAGGAGAAUAUAUGGAUCAGCUGUUUGCAUUUGGAAAUACUGGAACUGAUCAACUUUUGAGAGAUGCACAUCCAUUAUCCACAUGGGAAGUCACAGAUUUUAGAAACGAGCUAAAGGUGCGUUAUUGUGACGACUUCCAAUUCUUUUAGUUUAUCACGGUAAGUUAUGCCAGCUAGCUGUCUCACCUAAUCCAAGCGUGUGAUGCUUGUGCAUAAAAUAAUGUAUGUCUUGAUAAUUAGCCAAAAUAAGCCAAAGCCGCCAAAAUGAGAGAGAUAGUAAAAUGUAUAAAAUCUCCUUCCGGGGGACUGGGCACGAGACAGAUAAACUACCUCGAAUGGAAUACCGCAACGCUUAAAACUGUGAAGGAAUAUUGCAAAAAGAUAGCAAAUAGAUAUGGCAACCAAACCGCCUGGGUCUUUGUCAAACAAUUUUAAAGUUGACUUCUCUUGUUUGUAACUAUCAAUCAAUGAUUUUUGAGACAGUAGAUACGUCUUUCCGUACUUCCCAAGUUAUCUCUUUCGUAAGCUUUCAAGGCAAUUUAGCAGCAAAACUGAAAAAAAUAUGGACUAAUUAGGUGUUCAUCCUUGUAUAUCAAUCAAGCCUUUUAUUCCCUCCUCAUCUAUUUGCUUAGUUGCUUAUUUCCGGUUAUUUAGUUCAAACUCCGUCCCGAUGACUCGAAUUUUUUUCGAUUUCCCUAGAAGGUUCGAGAUAUCGGGAGUCGACUGCAUUUCAUAAUUCAUUUUUCCUCUAUUUAUUAGAAACGCGGGGUGGAUGAUAAGGAUCUUCUUCCAUACUUCCCUUACCGAGACGAUGGGGAGAAAAUCUUGGAGGUUAUUGAAAACUUGGUGAAAGGAUACGUAGACUUGUAAGUACAAAAAAUUAUGAAAAGGUAAUUAUUAAGCCAAGCCUAAACGCGGAGCUGUCAUUAAUAAUACUUUCGAUAUUUUUUCUUCAGUGUCUGGUGGCCCUCUAUUUUUUUUUGCCAUUCCCACGUCAAUGAAAUAAUAGGAGUAAAAACAGUAAAGAAGGAGGUUUUUGUAAAUUUAAAGUUAUGACAAUAAUAAUGAAAACCUUUCCUCUACAUAUACUAGCUUGCGGAUGCAAAUUUCGUAAAGGAGCAUUUCUGUCCAGUUAAUUGAAUUAUUGCAUUGCUUUUAUCGUAUUUAAGGUAUUAUUACGACAAUCAAGACGUUAAGAAUGACAAGGAAUUUGGCAAUUACCUCAAUGAAUUGUCCAUUGAUGGAAAACCGCUUUCAUUGCACAGCCGCAUUGGAAGGGUAAGCUUACAGAGUGUUAUUAUAUUAGAUGUUGCUUAAUUGUCUCUACUGUAGAACCUACUAACUGCUGUACUACUAAGGUAGGCGAAAUGGUCUUUUCCCCCCGAGACUUUCUGUGACACUUUCUUGCUUCUUGCUGUGGCGAAAUAUUGUGCCUCGUACUAAAAGAGUCUCUGGCUGAUCGCAAAUAGGAAGGGAGAAAGUUACUAAAGCGCAAUUUCCUGGAUACCGGAGAGCUAAAGUAUCUUUCGCCAUCGUACGUUCUGCGAUACUAUGCUUGAGAGGCUCAAGAUCCAGAAGAAGACACUGGGCUAGACUUUGUUGACUCAGACCUACAGAUCGAGAUUCAGAGCCUGCCCGAACUGAUCUUUUUCUAAAGAACUUUUUAAAGAAUUAGGAAUUUAGGAAUACGAGAUUUUAUUAUUUUUAACUUGUUUUCUUUUUAAUAUCAGAGACUGAUAAUUCUCUUUUGUAAUGAGUUAAUUUAAAACUCUAGACGAGUCAAGAGUCAUUGACCGCAUCUGAACCGCAAGGAAUGUAUUUGCGAAAUCGUUAUUGACACUGUGAUUGCUAUUUUUAUGAUUUAUAUCAAAUUCUUAAUGUUAUAUAGUGCUUAAUUCUUACUUCAAAUAUUUCUGUAAAUUAUAUUAUUAUUAUUUUUUUUAUAUAUAUUAUUUUUUUAUUAACUUUUUGAUGCUUUUUAUAGUUGUUAUUAGUAGUUUUUAGAUAGUCAUUUUACGACAAUUCUCUUUCGUACACAAGAAGAAUGUACAUAGGGUAUAUAUUUUAAUAUUCAUAUUCUUGAAUCUGUAAAUAGUCUAUUUUUUUUUAAUCUAUGAAUAAAGUUGUUUUAUAAAAAAAAAUUAUUAUUAUUAUUAUUAUUAUUUUUAUUAUUAUUAUUAUUAUUAUUAUUAUUAUUAUUAUUAUUAUUAUUAUUAUUAUUAUUAUUAUUAUUAUUAUCACCCAGAGGGUAAUAACAUUACUAUUUUUAUUUCCUUUGGUUAUAGAUUCUUAGACUGUCUACUCUCAUUAAGAAUCACCAUCAUGUUAAUUUUAACAGAUUGAAGGGUUACCCCCAAAGAUCAACACUAAAGAAGAACUCUGUGAUAUUGUAACCCGGAUCAUCUCACAACUGAGCCUUCAACACUCCACAGUCAACUACCCGCUCUCAGACUAUGCUGAGUACAUUCCUAACCUACCAACGAAGCUGUACAAUGACACCAGACUGAAAGAGGGGGAAUUCUCAGUUUUGCGUCUGCCAAACAGGAAUACAUCUACUGUAAGUUUUUCAUAUUAGGUGUGUUUGGCGUUAUGCCGGACUAAAAUUUUGAGUCGUGUCAGUGUAGUUCUAAGGAACCGUUCAUUAAUCAUCGGCCGAGGGAAAAUUAGUGGGGAGGGGGGCAUCGAAAAAAAAAUUUAAACAAGGAGGAGGGGGGAUCCCAAAAUUGCUUAGUCUUAUGAGGGGGGCUUAGAAAAAUAAACUUGUUUUUAAAUCUCUUAUCUCAUCAGAUUAUCCUUAUCAAAGACAUAAACAUUUUAAUUAGAAUGUGAUCUUGUACUCAUAUAAACUUACCUCGUUAAAAAUGUACACUAUGAGAUUAGAAUUUAUGACAGGCCGUGGCACAAGAAAGUGAUCUGUCAAUGUAACAACAAUAAUUUCGCAGAUGAUUUUGGGAAUCAGAAAUAAAAGCCUUUACAUUUUCAUGAAGGAUCUCUUGAUGGAUUUUUUUAAACAGGACAAUGCUUAACAAGUCUUAUGUUUGAAUUAAGAAAAUUAUGUUAAACCCUUUAUUUAACAAACUUGGAUGCACCUUGAACAGGCGAAGAAAGAUGCUUGUUAAAAACUGAACUAUUAGGAAUAUAACAAUAUGACAAUAAACUCUGACUUGGCAUUAACUGCACUGGUGUAGCAUAACACCUAAUUAGCAGGUAGUAUGUACAAGCUGUCAACUACCCAUGUCGACAAGUCUCACAAGGGCUUAGGAAAAGAUUACUUUCAGUCUUUGCAGUCAUUUUCACUACCUUCUGUGUCACUGCUAAAUAUAGUGUUGUUAUCUCUAUAGGGUUAUUCUCCACUAAUAAAAGAUACAUUCGUUUUAUUCCUGGUCAAUUAGGUUGUCGGAAAGGUGAAGGAAGGGGGGGGGGGGCUCUGAAAUAUAUCUGAAGAAAAUUAGGGGGGGGGGUGAUGCAAGAAAAUUGCAAUCCAUUUGGGGGGGAGGCAUGGAAUUUUUUUGGACUGCUUAAUUUUCCUCCAGCCCACCUCUAUGUUUAUUUUAUGGUCCCUAACUGUAAUGAAGGUAAAGUACAUACGGUAUUGCAAAAGCAAUUUACAAUUAUUUUUUAAGAAAAAUAACUAAAAUUUAAUCACCGGACAAUUAAACUACUUUGAUAAUAAUUCGUCGCGUAAGUCAGAGCAAGCUGAAAUAUAUUUUAUGAAUUGUAUAUUAAUAGUAAUUAGAUGUUCAUUGAUCCAAACGUUCACAGUUAACUGGAUAAUAUUUGGAAUCAGAAUCUUAACUUUAUUGUAAAAACUAUUCCUUAUCAAGAGUACUUCUUCUAUUUGAUUGCAUCUAGAUCCACAAAAAGGGAAAUUCCUAUUAUCUUUGGUAGAUUAAUUGUAUCUACCAAGUUCUAUAAUUAGUUCGUGGUUACUUAUUCAUAACUAAUUUCUUUCUCUCAGCUGUUCCUCUGGUUAAGUAAUUAGAGGGUAUGAUCCCUUUUAAAAGAUCAAAAAAUUCUAGUUUUUGAGAGUGGUAAAGAGUGUUUUGGCAAUGGGAUAUAUAUUCUUGUUAGCGUCAGCGGGACUGAGUCAUCUGCGGCACACUUUAAUUUAUUCCACGUUUUUGUCAGCCAAUCUCGGCUAUUAAGUUUUUGAAGGUCUGUCAGUAAAACAAUGUCAAAACAUAAUCAAGAACAAAAAUAUAUUUUUUCAAUCGAUCAGCACCCAUGUCCAAGGAAUCGAAGAACGCCUAAUUACAUCCAACUAAUUUGUUCUAUUCUUUUAGUUCAAGUUUUGUUUCAUGAUUUUAUUUGAUGUAUAUGUUUUGGUGCUCCAUCAAAAGCUGCCACAGACCGACGCACAAUUCUUUGAUUCACUUUGAAGAAGUGCUAGCGCUUUUUAUCUUUUAACUCUUUAAUGGACAGCCGUUUCACCUCUUAAUUUCCAGAUCGAAGCCAGCUUCAGCAACUCGUUGGCGUUAUAUCGUUUUGACACUUUAUUUGACUACGGCAACAACCUUGAGGACAUGAAAGCUCUCAAUCUCAUCAACGAUUAUUACAGCUACCUCUUGUACGAAGUUCAGCCUGAGAUGCAAGAAGUGAAUGAAGAACGAAAGGAAAGAGGUGAUCUGACCUACCCCUACCUUAUCCCAAGAUGGAUACCUAAUGGAAUUCAGACCUAA